AUGGCGUGGCUGCUUCGUAACGCUAACAUUUCCCUCCUCAAACGUUCUUUCUUCCACUCCGACCUUCUUACGCGCUUUUGCUGCAAACCAGGACUAUUGGGCACGUCUCAAGUUUUGAGCUUUUCAACUCGUAAAAGGAGGUCUAAGUCAGAUGGAAGUGACUCAGGUGAAGAGAACAUGUGUAAGAAAGAUGUGGCCCUGCAACAAGCUAUUGAUCAGAUCACUUCUGCAUAUGGCAAGGGAUCUAUCAUGUGGCUUGGUCGUUCCGUGGCACCUAAAAAUAUUCCUGUGGUGUCCACUGGUUCUUUUGCUCUGGAUAUAGCACUUGGGGUUGGUGGUCUUCCAAAGGGGCGUGUUGUGGAAAUAUUUGGUCCAGAGGCUUCCGGGAAAACAACGCUUGCUUUGCAUGUGAUUGCAGAAGCACAAAAGCUAGGAGGCUACUGUGCAUUUGUUGAUGCUGAGCAUGCACUUGAUAAGACACUUGCAGAGUCAAUUGGUGUAAAUACUAAAAACUUGCUUCUCUCACAACCAGAUUGUGGUGAACAAGCACUUGGCCUUGUUGAUACCUUAAUACGGAGUGGUUCCGUUGAUGUAAUUGUUGUUGACAGUGUGGCUGCUCUUGUUCCUAAAGGUGAGCUUGAUGGUGAGAUGGGUGAUGCUCACAUGGCAAUGCAGGCUAGGUUGAUGAGCCAGGCUCUUCGGAAAUUGUGUCACUCCUUGUCACUUUCCCAGUGUAUAUUGGUUUUUAUAAACCAGGUGAGGUCGAAGAUAUCUACUUUCGGGGGAUUUGGUGGUCCUACUGAAGUUACUUGUGGUGGUAAUGCACUGAAGUUCUAUGCUUCUGUGCGGCUAAAUAUCAAAAGAAUUGGGUUUGUCAAGAAGGGUGAAGAGACUUUAGGUAGCCAGGUUCUUGUCAAGGUUGUGAAGAACAAGCAUGCUCCUCCAUUUAAAACUGCACAGUUUGAGCUUGAGUUUGGCAAGGGUAUAAGUAGAGAAGCAGAGGUUAUAGAGUUGAGCAUAAAAUACAAACUCGUAAAGAAGAGUGGUUCCUUUUAUGAAUAUAACGGCCAGAAUUUCCAUGGCAAGGAUGCUUUAAAGAGGUUCCUGGCAGACAGUGAUGGUAUACAAGAAUUAGCAUCAAAACUCAGGGAGAAGAUUCUUAAUACGGAGCCGGAACUGGACCCAGAGGAGGAGGCUAUGAUUGGAGAUCUUAUGGAACAAAUGGAAGAAAUGGUAUCAGUUGAUUCCACUGACGAAACUGCUGUCGCUGCUGUUGAAGCAUAA